UACACAAGAAAAUCUUUUAAAUCCCACAUUCAUUCUCUCCCCCUCCAUCUCUCUCUCUCUCUCUCUCUCUCUCUCAGCCUGUUCCCAUUUUCCCUCUCUUUCUCAGACUUUGUUAGAGCAGAGGAAAAUGUAUUUCGGUUGACACACACACACGGAGAGAGAGAGAGUGGGAUUGGUUCUUCUUCUCUGCAAGAGCAACAAUGGCUUCUACUUCUCCAUGCCUGUCUGGUAGUGAAAAGAAGCACUGGUGGCUUACCAACAGAAAGAUGGUGGAGAAAUACAUUAAAGAUGCUCGCAAUCUCAUGGCGACCCAAGAACAGAGCGAGGUCGCUUCGGCGCUGAGCCUCGUCGACGCGGCUCUAGCGCUCUCGCCGCGGAUGGAGCAUGCCUUGGAGCUCAGAGCCAGGGCUCUGCUAAAUCUAAGGCGGUUCAAGGACGUGGCUGAUAUGCUCCAAGACUACAUUCCGAGCCUGAAAAUGGCGAACGACGACUCCGGUUCUCUGUCAUCUGAGAGCUCGUCUCAGCCGCUCUCGAGGGAGCGAGUCAAGCUUCUCGGCUCCGGCAACUCGUCCUCUGAGUUGCCGAGUCGAGAUCCUAGUUUUAAGUGCUUCUCUGUCUCGGACUUGAAGAAGAGAGUCAUGGCAGGUCUCUGUAAAAACUGCGACAAGGAAGGGCAGUGGAGGUACAUGAUUCUUGGACAAGCUUGUUGCCAUCUGGGGCUAAUGGAGGACGCCAUGGCUCUACUCCAGACCGGCAAGCGCCUAGCCACAGCCGCAUUCCGCCGCCAGAGUGUUUGCUGGUCGGAAGACAGCUUCUCCAUCUCCGCCACCACAGGCACCAGCGCCACCACACCCACCAGUCCACCACGCAAUGACCCAACAGACUCGGAGACUGUAAACCAGCUUCUCGCCCACAUUAAGCUUCUUCUACGCCGGAAGACCGCCGCGCUGGCGGCCCUCGACGCCGGCCUAUACUCCGAGGCCAUCCGCCACUUCACCAAGAUCGUUGACGGUCGCCGUGGGGCCCCACAAGGGUUCCUCGCCGAGUGCUACAUGCACAGAGCCUCUGCGUACCGCUCCGCCGGUCGAAUAGCAGAGUCUAUAGCUGAUUGCAAUCGGACUCUGGCUUUGGACCCAACUUGCAUUCAAGCUCUUGACACGAGAGCGUCUCUUCUUGAGACAAUCCGGUGCUUGCCGGACUGUUUGCAUGAUUUAGAGCAUUUGAAGCUUUUGUACAACUCGAUUCUCCGGGAUCGGAAGCUUCCCGGGCCGGCAUGGAAGCGACACAAUGUCCGAUACAGAGAGAUUCCCGGGAAGCUCUGUGCGCUCACGACCAAGAUUCAACAACUGAAGCAAAGAGUCGCUUCUGGGGAGACCGGGAAUGUGGAUUACUACGGUUUAAUUGGAUUAAGACGUGGGUGUUCGAGGUCUGAGCUUGAGAGAGGGCAUUUGUUGCUCUGCUUGAAGCACAAGCCCGAUAAAGCCAACAGCUUUAUCGAUCGGUGUGAGCUUGCUGAUGAUCGCGAUCUUGAUUCGGUGAAAGAACGAGCAAAGAUGUCAGCGCUGUUGCUCUACAGAUUGCUCCAAAAGGGUUACUCGAGCGUCAUGUCUACGAUCAUGGACGAAGAAGCGGCUGAGAAACAGAGGAAGAAGGCCACAACUGCAUUACAAGCAGCAGCACAAGCAAAGCCAAUCCAGCAAACCCAAGAACCCAAUCCGGAAACCGAAAUGAAUUCCUCUUCCAAGAAUUCAUCCUCUUCUUCUUCUUCUUCUUCAAACUCGUCGGUUUUCCAAGGGGUGUUUUGCCGGGAUCUUGCUGUGGUCGGGAAUUUGCUUUCCCAAGCUGCGUUUAACCGUCAAAUUCCACUCAAAUAUGAGGCGUUGAGCUGCUGAUCGCAUUGGUUGGGGGUAGAAAAUUCAAAUUUUACUUAUGAGAUGUUACCGGCAGGGGAAUCUCUGGUCCAUUUUUCUCUAUUUGUACAAAAUUAGGACUGCCGGAAAAUUUUGUCACCCUUUUUCUUAUUUAUUUUCCUUUUAUCUACGACUCUGCUUUUUAUGUACAGAAUUUCAGUACCGAAUUUUCUACUUUUGGUGUUAUGCAGCUUAAAAUUUUCAUUCUAAA